GUCCCUCGAACACAGCGGAUCACCGAACACGGAAAGAGCCGUAGAUGUUGGCUUGGUCAUGUGAUUAGCUGUGUCCAAUCACAGCUGAUCACAUGGGACAUGUGCACUGAUCAUCGGAGCACUGAUGAUCCAUGUGCCCUGAUGAUCAGUGUAGCCUCAGCAGUGCCACCUGUCAGUGUCCAUCAGUGCUCAUCCAUGCCACCUGCCAGUGCCCAUCAGUGCCUUAUGUCAGUGCCUCGUGCCAGUGCCACAUCAGUGCCUACUAGUGCACAUCAAUGCCACAUAUCAGUGCCCAUCUGAGCUGCCUGUCAGUGCUGCCUGUCAGUGCUGCCUCAGUGCCAUAUAUCAGUGACAUGUAUCAAUGCUGCCUUUCAGUGCCCAUCAGUGAUGCCUGUCAAUGCCCAUCAGUGCCACCUACCAGUGCCUCCUCAUCAGUGUCCAUCAGUGCAGCCUAUCAGUGCAGCUUCAUUAGCGCACAUCAGUG